AUGCGUAAUCGAGAAAAUUAUAAAUCAUCAUCAAUGUCAUCAUUAAAUGGACAAUCAUGUUUAAUAAAAUAUACUUCAGGACCAUCAUUUAGUAUAAAACCAAAAAUAUUAAAUCCAAUUUCUUCAAUUCGUACAAGUGUAUCAAGUAAUAAAAGUGAUCGUUCAUCAUCAACAAUAAAUGAUAAUGAUGAAAAUAAUUUAAUUGAAUCAAUUAAUCCAUCAAUACCACAAACACGUUCAGUUAGUAUGGUAACAAAUUUAAUUCCAUUUCAUCGGCCACGUAAUUCUAAUUGGAGACAAGUUUCAAUUGUUGAUCAAAAUCAAAUGGCAUUAAUUCCAUUUUCUCUUCCAACAAAUAAUUCUAAUAAUAAUAAUAAAUAUCGACGUCGAUCUGUUGCUGUAUGUAAUAACAUAAUUCAACCAACAGAAAGUUUAAUAACAACAAAUGAUUUACCAUUACCACCAUGUCUACUUUCAUUUUCUAUAAUCUAUUUAAAAAAUGCACAAAUUAAAAUUCAAUUUCAUUCAAUACAAUCAUUACCAUCAAAUAUACAUCUUCAACAAUUAACUAUUAAAGUUAAAUUAAUUCCUGAUGGAAAAGAAAAAUCUAUUCAAAUAAAAAGAACUAUAGAAAAUGAAAUAAUAUUUGGAGAUGAAAAUAAUCAACUUUUUCUUUUAUUUUCAAAUAUUCCAUUUGAAAAACUUAAUGAACGAAGUUUAACAAUGACAAUCAAUGGAAAAGAUCAAACAAAAAAAGCCAUACAUAUUGGUCAAAUUGGAAAAAUUAAUUUUAAUGAAAUACAUAAAUUUGAAAAAGAAAAUCCAGUUGAUUUUAUUCAUGCAAUUGAAAAAAUUAAAUCAUCAUCAGUUGAAUUAUAUAUUUCUCUUGAAAAAAAUGAUGAUCAACAUAUACAUAUUGAUUUACAACGAAUAAAAGGUUUAAAAAUUGAUCAAAAAAAACUUGAUGCAAAAUUUUAUUUACAAGUAAUUCUUCUUGAUCGUCAUCGACCAUUAUCAAAAUAUCAAACAAAAUUUUAUCGAUUAAAAUCUUCAAGUUUAAAUAUUCAUGAAGAACAUGAUCUUGAUAUUUUAACAUAUAAUUCAAAUAAUCUUGAUCGAUUAAUGAUUAUGUUAAAUUUAUAUUCAAAUUCAAAUAAUACAAAUGAAUAUAAAUGUAUAGCUCAUGUUAAACUUGGAUCACCAUUAUAUUGUUCUGGUAGUGGUACUAUUCAUUGGCAACAAUUUAAAAUUCGAGAAUCAUUUUCCAUGUGGCAUACAUUAAACAAAGAACAACAUUAA